GUUCGCGGGAAGCUUGAAGACAGAUGGCCUCUCCUCUUGGCAAGUUGAGCAUCCGUGUCCGCAACAAGGCCCUAUCGAGAGCCCAUGUUCGUGUGGUGGAGGCGAGGGAGCGGAAGACAGUCGAGCAGGAGCUCGAGAAGGCCGUGGAAAAGGGGGAGAAGAUGGAGCGGGGGGGUGGAGUCACGGCUGGGUUUGGCGGCGUUGAGAUUGGACUGGAGGCAAACAGAGGCACAGAAAUACGUGCGUGAGCAUCGCCAUGAUCAGCACACAAAGGGCCUCUCAGUCUGCAUCAAUUGAUUGUUCAGGUGAGAAGACAGAGGAGAAGAGCUUCGUUCGCAUCGAGUAUGGCAAGCUGAAGGAGUCAAGCGACUGGUGAGACAGAUAGACGCUGAAUGCCUAGCACAAAAGACAGCUGUGUCUUUUUGUGAAUCAUAUCAUGUACAAGGACGACGAUUGAUCCCGGCAGAGACGCCACUUUGUCGAGUUUCGAAUGGACCUACAUCUCUAUUGUGAUUGGUUCGUUCUGACAGCAACCAAGAUGAUCCAUCAGGCGCCAUUGUCACAUUGGAAUGCCUCUGUCGCAGAAGACUCCGCCUAUCAGCUGCUCAACCAACUCAUACACCCAGAAGAGCACCCCAAUGGCAUCGCAAUCAUAAGGGUGAGGCGAACCCACUACUGCAGAUGCAGAACCAUUCCAGCCAUCGUGCUGUCUGUUCGGCACAGGCCAACCCCCCAUAUGUUUCGCUUCUGGCCGAGACCAUCGAGGCGGCGAAUAUCGAGGCCAAAGAGGCAGCCUUUCGCCUGAACAAUGUCGCCACAAAGCUUGUUUUGACAUCGAAAAGCAUGGCUCGUGGUGUGUCAGUCGGACUCGAAAAGAAGAAAGGGCGGGAGGCACAUGAGGAGGCCGACGCCUCGCAGCUGUGGAUUUGGCAGAUGGACACUUUCUGCCCGAAGGACGCUUUCCGUCUGGUGCCGAAGGCUUUCCCUGACAAGACACUGGCGGUGAGCCCAUUGAUGGGCAACAAGCUUGUUGUCGCCUCGCCAACGGCCAAGACAGACGCCAUGAACACCAAGGGAGAGGCGAAAUUCGAGCAGUGGAUCAUGGAGACAGCCGAGAUGCAAGACAUCUUCCAGCCAAUGGCAGGAGCCCUGUGUGGCUCGCUGUGCUGCCAGCCCUCCAAGGAACAGCUGCUCGUGUCGCCCGACAUUCAAUUCGAGCAGGGGAAUGAGGAGAGGCGGGGGAGCAGCAAGUUUGAUGACGAGACGGUGAGCCUCAAGUGUGUCGGUCUGCCGGAUUGUGUGGUGGGUGUCAAGACCUCCGGCAAUAUCAAGAGUCUGGUGCUGAUGAAGAAAGACAGGGGGGUCCCAAUGGAGGCCCUGUGGUGUUGCAGCCAGCCAACCAAAACAGUCAGCACCAGCUAUGGCAGCCAGCGAUACUACUUUAUUAUGCUUUACUUGCAGGUCAGCCUUUUCGAAGCUUGUGCGGAGGGUCAUAAGGAAGCUGUGCUGCAAAUAAUCAAAGCCAAAGGCAUAAAGUGCUUGCAGGAAGCCGACGAGGUGAGACACAGCUGUACGACACGUGCUUCAUCUACAAUGGGGCGAGCAUUGGUGUUCGGUGGGUGAAUUGCAGGAAGGAUUCACACCGCUGCACUACGCCGCCCAAAAUGGCCAUGAGGACAUCUGCAGAGACAUUGUGCUUAAGGGCGGCAAAGACCUCAUCAAAAAGCAGACGAAAGUCCAGGUGAGCCAAGGACUGACAGCAUAGGAAAUGCAAGAGGCGCUCAUCUUGACCUCUUUCAGGGCGAGCCUACCGUGCUGCAUCUGGCGGCUAAAAAGGGUCGUAUGAAGGUUGUGACGAUACUGCUCGAGUUGGGAGGGGUCGAUCUCUUGACACUCAAAGAUCCGGUCCGAGAUAUCUGUGUGUCUCGUUGUCUGAUACGUUUUCCUUUCUGUCGUUGCAGCAAGGUGACACACCGUUUCAUAAUGCUGCGCUGGCUGGUCACGUCGGUGUGCUGAAGGCGAUGCACGCCAAGGGGGGCAGGCCACUGCUGGACCAACAGGGAUGGGUAAGAGGAAGACACAGCUGCAACGGAUGCCGACCUGUUCUAUAUGGGUGCAGUAUGGCAACUGUGCCAUCCACUGGGCAGCUCAGAAGGGUCAUGUGGAUGCGGUCAACUUGUUUAUGGAGUGGGGCGGAAUACAGAAAGAGCUCCAACGGCGCGAUAAGGUGGGAAAUGUCACAUGCAGUGCAUCAGCCGAUAGGAUGUCUUGCUGUAUAGGACGACAGCGCACCCUUCCACAUGGCUGCGUAUUUUGGUCACGUCGGUGUGCUGAGGGCGAUGCACGCCAAGAGGGGCAAUGCACUGCUUGACCAACAGGGAAAGGUGGGAAGACACAGCUGCCACUGAGGUCUACACACUUUCUGGUGUAUAUUGUGCAGUUUGGCUUCUUUGCCAUCCACUGGGCAGCCUGCUCAGCAGCCUACAAUGGUCAUGUUGGUGCCGUCAACUUGUUGAUGGAGCUUGGACGAAUAGCGGAGCUCAGCAAACGCGACGGGGUCCUCCCCUUCUCGCACACACUCAUCGGUCAAGAAACCGUCUCCUACUGUGUCUGUGUCGUGCUAUAUUAGAACAACAAUACACCCUUCCACAUCGCUGCGAUGAAUGGUCAAGUGGCUGUGUUGAUGGCGAUGCACGCCAAAGGGGGCAGGCCGCUGCUGGACCAACACUCAAACGUAGGCGAGACACGGCUGCCACUGAGGUCUACACACUUCCUGGUAUAUAUUGUGCAGAGUGGCGACUUUGCCAUCCACUGGGCAGCCUACUAUGGUCAUCUUGAUGCGGUCAACUUGUUUAUGGAGCUUGGAGGAACAGCAGAGCUCAGCAAACGCGACGGGGUCCUCUCCUUCUCGCACACACUCAUCGGUCACAAAAACCGUCUCCUACUGUGUCUGUGUCGUGCUGUGUUAGAACAACGACACGCCGUUCCACGUCGCUGCGCGUGGUGGUCACGUCGGCGUGCUGAGGGCGAUGCACGCCAAGGGGGGCAAUGCCCUGCUGGAACAACAGGGACAGGUGAGAGGAGAGACACAGCGCAACAGACAGAUCUGUACUCCGGGUGUAUGUUGUGUGCAGGGUGGCUUCUACCCCAUUCACUUGGCAGCUGGGAAGGGUCAUGUUGAUGCGGUCAACUUGUUGGUGGAGCUAGGCGGCCGCAAAGAACUCGACAAGCGCAAUGAAGUGGGAAGAACAGCUAGAAUUGUCCACUGUGUCGCUAAUGCUGAUGGUUAUGUAGAACAACAACACACCCUUUCACAGUGCUGCCAUGAAUGGUCACGUCGCUGUGCUGAAGGUCAUGCACGCCAAGGGGGGCAAUCGGCUGCUGGACCAACAGGGAGCGGUGAGAGGAGAGACACAGUUGCAACAGACAGAUCUGUACUCCGGGUGUAUGUUGUGUGCAGGGUGGCUUCUACGUCAUUCACUUGGCAGCUCAGCAGGGUCAUGUCGAUGCGGUCAACGUGUUGAUGGAGCUGGGCGGAAUAGCGGAGCUCGGCAAACGCGACGGGGUCCUCCCAUCUCUCGCACGCACUGGCCAGAUAUACAGCGUCUGUCUUUGUGCUCUUGUGGUUGUGCAGGUCAACGAUACACCCUUUCACAAAGCUGCGUUUGUUGGUCAUGUCGAUGUCCUGAAGGCGAUGCACGCCAAGGGGGGCAAUACGCUGCUCGACCAGCAGGGAACGGUGGGAGGAGAGACACAGCUGCAACAGACAGAUCUGUACUCCGUGUGUAUGUUGUGUGCAGUUUGGCUACUAUGCCAUUCACAUCGCAGCUCAGGAGGGUCAUGUUGAUGCGGCCAACCUGUUGGUGGAGCUAAGCGGAAUAGCAGAGCUCAGCAAACGCGAUAAAGUCCUCCCAUCUCUCACGGACCGCGUCGGUUGGAAUGUCUAUCUUGCUUUCUUUGUCUUGAUGGCUGCUGUAGGACAACGCUACACCGUUCCACGUCGCUGCGCUGGAUGGUCACGUCGGUGUGCUGAAGGCGAUGCACGCCAAGGGGGGCAAUGGGCUGCUGGACCAACAGGAUGAUGUGAGAGAGGAAGAGGGUGAUAUCAACAGACAGAAUCACAUUGCGUGUUCUGUGUGUGCAUUUUGGCCAUUUCCCCAUCCACUUGGCAGCUUGGAAGGGCCACGUUGAAGCCGUCAAACUGUUGGUGUCCUGGGGGGGCGUUCAGAUGCCCAGCAAGAAAACCAAUAAGGUGCAGUUUCGUGCGUGACUCGUCGCUUUUGUCUCAGCACAUGUGUUGCGUGUUAUGCAGGGCAAGACUCCACUGGACAUGGCGGAGAGUGACGAGAUGCGCAAACUGCUCAACAGCUACAGAUAGCCAAUGCCUUGUUGGGUUUGGGCUGUUGUUCGUCGGUGUGUCGGUCUGUGUGUCGUGUCGCUGAUCUGCCUAGUAUGCCAUGUGUCUUGAAAUGACAAAGAGAGACACGCUGUGCCAGCUUGCACCGGUCGACGCGAACCGGCACAAUUAAAGCAAUCGACACUCACUCGGUCCCAUCAUCCAGCAGCGGCGCUUUGAUGACCGCAAAGAAUUUCUCAGGACGCUCGCCACGUGUGUGCUCCCUGCAUGGCUGUGUGGACUGAAG